UAACAACAUUUCUCCGAAGGGAUUUUAAACGGAUUCUAUCGUCGCUCCUGCCGCUUAAUUCGGCAGCGUUUAUUUAUUUUACCUACUAAAGAAGAGUAUUUUCGUCGGAGGUGCGUGAUGGCCUCUGUUUUUCUGUUUUAAUGUCGUUUUUUGGGAAGCGGCGCGCGACUUGACAGUCGUGACACGACUCGAGUCGGCGCACUGCUGGACAGGAUCAACUAGGACCGUCCGACGCUUCCACCACGCUGUUUCUAUUAUCUUCCGACGUUUUUUUUUUUUUGGUGUGAAUUCGACACCAAGCGGGCGCAGAGAGUCUUUUACCCCCUAACCCACGACGGGUUUUCCAUCUCGGAAUAUGCUGUUGUCAAAGUUCGGUUCAUUUUCGCACAUUUGCAACCCCUCGAGCAUGGACCAUCUCCCGGUGAAAAUCCAGCUCCCGCUUGUAAAAAUGGAGAAGGAACCUUUCGAGAAGGUCUACCAAGUGGGAUCCGUGCUGGGGAGCGGAGGCUUCGGAACAGUGUACGCCGGGAGCCGGAUUUCUGAUUGCGCACCGGUUGCAGUGAAACACGUUGCAAAGGAGAGGGUGACCGAGUGGGGCACGAUUAACGGAGCCAUGGUGCCUUUGGAGAUCCUGCUGCUGAAGAAGGUCAGCUCAUCUUUUCGCGGAGUUAUCAAACUGUUGGACUACUACGAGAGACCAGACGGCUGGCUGAUCGUGAUGGAGAGGCCCGAGCCCGUCAAGGACCUUUUCGAUUUCAUCACCGAGAAGGGCCCCCUGGACGAGGACACGGCCAGGGGCUUUUUCCGCCAGGUUUUGGAGGCGGUCCGACACUGCACCAGCUGUGGCGUAGUGCACAGAGACAUCAAGGAUGAAAACCUGCUGGUGGAUCUGCGCACCGGGGAGCUCAAGCUGAUUGACUUUGGCUCAGGGGCGAUUCUCAAGGACACGGUCUACACAGAUUUCGAUGGUACACGAGUCUACAGCCCACCAGAGUGGAUUCGCUUCCACAGAUACCACGGGCGCUCGGCAACGGUGUGGUCACUAGGUGUACUCCUGUACGACAUGGUGUGCGGAGACAUCCCCUUUGAGCAGGAUGAGGAGAUCCUUAGCGGGAGGCUGUACUUCAGGAGGAGGAUUUCAGCCGAGUGCCAGCAGCUGAUCAAAUGGUGCCUGGCCCUGCGGCCCUCAGACCGGCCCAGCCUGGAGCAGAUUUUUGACCACCCCUGGAUGAGGGCCAUGGCAGAUUCACCAAAGUCGCCAGAGGAGUCGGUCAGCAGCGACAUCCGCCUCAGGACCAUCGACACAGACUCUUCGUCAAGCACAAGCUCCAGUAAGGAGAGUCUCUGAGGACGGCUGCAGUGACGGACUGAACAGACAUUCUGGGAAAAGAACAGGUGGAACUGCUGUGAUUCUGGACUAAAGGCCAGCAGCCUGUAGCCCAGUUGGCCCAUCAGUGGCUGGGCGCUUGACUCAGCUGGACCGACAAGAAUAAUGUACUUUUUUUUUUCCUCUUUUGUGAGGAAUUUCUAAUUUAUUAGUUUGUUUCUUAUUUUCACCACCUGAUGUUGUUUUUUUUUUUUUUUUUUUUCUCCUCCCACCUCAGUUCAUUACUCGUUUCCUGACUGGGAACAUUUGCUGUACGGACGGUCUUACCAGCAUUAUUUAUUUUACUGAUUUAAUUUUAUUUGACUCGUUUUGUUAAUAGGCUGAUAUAUGCAGCUGGCAAGGCCCUCCUGUUCAGAUAAUGGCUGCUCUCAUAGAGCUCUGAGAA